AACGAUGACCUCAGGAACCUGUCCCUGUCCGGCCACGUGGGCUUCGACAGCCUCCCAGACCAGCUGGUCAACAAGUCAACGUCACAGGGCUUCUGCUUCAACAUCCUGUGUGUGGGUGAAACUGGCAUUGGCAAGUCGACGCUGAUGGACACGCUGUUCAACACCAAGUUCGAGAGCGAGCCCGCCACGCACAACGAGCCCGGCGUCAGGUUGAAAGCGCGCAGUUACGAGCUCCAGGAGAGCAACGUGCGCCUCAAGCUGACCAUCGUGGACACCGUGGGCUUUGGUGAUCAGAUCAACAAGGACGACAGCUACAAGCCCAUAGUGGAAUACAUCGACGCCCAGUUCGAAGCCUACCUGCAGGAAGAGCUGAAGAUCAAGCGCUCCCUGUUCAACUACCACGACACGCGGAUCCACGCCUGCCUCUACUUCAUCGCUCCCACCGGGCACUCGCUCAAGUCCCUGGACCUGGUCACCAUGAAGAAGCUCGACAGUAAGGUGAACAUCAUCCCCAUCAUUGCCAAGGCCGACACCAUCGCAAAGAACGAAUUGCACAAGUUCAAGAGCAAAAUCAUGAGCGAGCUGGUCAGCAACGGCGUUCAGAUCUACCAGUUCCCCACCGAUGAGGAGACAGUGGCUGAGAUCAACGCCACCAUGAGUGUCCACCUUCCUUUUGCCGUGGUUGGCAGCACUGAGGAAGUGAAGAUUGGCAACAAGAUGGCGAAAGCCAGGCAGUACCCCUGGGGUGUUGUGCAGGUGGAAAAUGAAAACCACUGUGACUUUGUGAAGCUGCGGGAGAUGCUGAUCCGGGUGAACAUGGAGGACUUGCGGGAGCAGACGCACACCCGGCACUACGAGCUGUACAGGCGCUGCAAGCUGGAAGAGAUGGGCUUCAAGGACACAGAUCCAGACAGCAAACCUUUCAGUCUCCAAGAGACUUACGAAGCAAAGAGGAAUGAAUUCCUGGGCGAACUCCAGAAGAAGGAGGACGAAAUGAGGCAGAUGUUUGUCAUGCGAGUGAAGGAGAAGGAAGCAGAGCUGAAGGAAGCGGAGAAGGAUCUUCACGAAAAGUUUGACCAUCUAAAGAGGACUCACCAAGAAGAGAAGAAAAAGGUGGAAGACAAAAAGAAGGAACUUGAGGAAGAGCUGAACAACUUUCAAAAGAAGAAGGCAGCAGCUCAGCUAUUACAGUCACAGGCUCAGCAGGCAGGUUCUCAACAAACCAAGAAAGACAAGGACAAGAAAAACUUCUUCUUUAUGUAACCGUCACCUUGCCAAAGCCCCCGCACCCUCUCUCCCAGUGGACCGUAGGGCACUGGAAGAGCUGCGGAUCCGGGCCCCCCUGCCAGGAGAAGAGCCGCCUCAUUCCUCCAUCACGCCUGCCCUCCUCUCCUUCCCCCUUUGUUCCCACCCGUGCGUCUGAGGGUGUGCUGUGCUGUGUGUCUGUGCGGGACGUGCCCGCUCCGACAGCGUCCCGGCUCGCAGCAGUGCUGGAGGGAGCUCGGCCGCGCUCUGCCUCCUUGCUCUGGGUUAGUUGGAUUUUUUGCCUCCCUCCCCGCUUUCUUCUGCCAUAACGUGCACACGCUGCUGGUGACACACACAGUGACAGACUGGGGUGUGAGUGUGCAUAGCUGGAGGAUUUAAUUUCUGCCUCCAGCCUGGCUGCUUUGGACACCACAACUUCAUCUCAAGAGCGUUCUGUGCUCCUCUGGCAUGGCUGGAAAUCUCUCCGUAGACCUGUGAUGUUCUCAGUGUGUCACUGUGUGACGGUGGAUGUCCCAUCCUGUGGCACUGAUGGAGCCUGUCCUGGACAGUCAAGGCCUUAUUUUCUGGCUGUGCCUCGCUAUGGGCAGAGCGGGAUUCUGGUUUUGUACAGCCGAGCUGCACUGGCUCGCACGCAGAUCCAGGGCUUCGUUUUGUUUUCAUGAAGCCUAAUUAGUGAUUAUUUUUUUAACAGUCCUGAAUGUGGGCAAGUUGUUAAAAUUUCUAUCUUGUUUACUUUGGAAGUGAACUCAGCUGAAAAGUUUGACAAAUGCCAAAGGAUUGCUUGAAGGUAAAAACAAAACCUGUAAAUGUGUGUAGUGACCUCCAGCUGGUUUGGGAUGGAGGGAAGGAGGCAGCCCGAGCCUCUUGGAAUGUUGGUUGGUGUAGAGUGAUGCACUUUGAUUUUGAACCGAAUACUAGUGAUUUAUUCUUUGCAUCUGUGAACCUUAAUCAAGGACUUCCCUUCCUUUAGCCUGCCAAGGUAAAGCUGCCCUGAGUUGGUCUAGGUUUGGCCUCUGGCAGUCAGUGUGUGUGACAUGCCAGCUGCUGAGGGGCUCUGCUGAAAUCUGCUGGGGUUUUUUUCACAAGAACAGUGUUUUGCAGCACUCUUCAGUGACAAGGGUCAGCUCCCUGCUUGUCCUGGAAACCUCUGCAACCAAAGAAGUGACUUUAUAGAUGCACUCAGAAAGGUUAUUGAGUGCUGGCCCUGUGUGUGCUGUACCCUGGUACGUAGCUGGACUUGCUGGUUGUCGCCCAGCCUGAAGGGCUGUCAAUAUUUGCACAAGUGCAGCUUGGGACAGGACUUGCAGUGAUACCAAAACCAGAGCCUGCCCCGCUCUCGAGGCAGGUGGUACCCAGUGCCUCCCACCAGACAGCCAGGUUAGAAACCUGUUUAAUUCAGCUUUAACUGAGUACGAAGCAGGGUUGAGGCCAUUGCUGGAUGGGACGAUGCAGCCGUGCUGCGAGCUGCAGGUGGCAGCACACGGCCUCUAGAGGUCCCCUGCAGCCCAAAUUGAUUUGUGACUGUUCCAAAGCUCGAUGGCGGCGCGUGCCGAGGUGCCGCUCACCAAAUCCUCACAGACUGAACUCAGCUCGAAGGGAAUGGGCUCAAAACAUGGAGUAGCUUUCUUACCGAGCAGGUACUAAACUUCCGGGCUUUUUUUGCCCCAGGUUGUUGAGGUGGACGGUGUCAGCAGAAGGUUUUGGGGUUGGUUGGGGGUUUUUGAAGGGUAGAUUCAGGGAGAACAUGUCCAGAAGGAAAUCAGUGCCGCUCCGUUGGUGGUGGGAAACAAGGAGCCCUGGCAGUGCUCCAGCAGUGGGAGCAGCAUUGCAGCCAGCCUGCUGCUGAAGGUGGUGGGGCUGGAGGGGGCAGCUGCUGCACCUGCUCCAGGGAAGAGCAAAAACAACGAGGUGCUGUCAGUGCCACAGCCAGGAAGGCGCCAAGCAUCCAGGGCCCAUGCCAGGACAGCAGGACACUGCAGAGAUGGCUCCUCUGGACCAGGGUCAGGGUUCGUGCACAGCACCAAGGAAAUAAAACGUGUCUGUCUCUGCAGCCCACUGGGGCUGGGGCAUGCUGUGUUUGGGACUGGGGAGAGGGAAAGCUGCCUCAGCAGCCAGGGACACUUGAGUCCUGCUUCCCCGGGCUGGCCAAGUCAGCACUGUGGCUUGGCCGGCGUCAGGCAGCACAAGGAGGCCAGGAAUGGUUUGGGGCAGUUUUGGGAGAGCCACAGCGAUGCUGUUAAUUGGGUGUGUUUGGAAGGCAGAGCUCUGCCCUCAAGGCUGGCACGAGCUGGGGCUCUGCAUGACCUGCUCUUGUCCCGUGGCUUUGGGAGUGGGAAACAGUGAUAAGGACACAUUUACCUUCCCAGAGUGACACACAGCCAUGGCUGCCGCACACCUGGGACAGCAAACUGCCCCAGAGGCACCCAAAUAUCUCGAGGCCCAGCUCCCCUCCUUGCUGUUCCAGCCAGGUCCCUGCCAGCUGGCACGGGCUCCCUGCUCCCACCCUCAUGCCAACUCCUCUCCCUGGCUGGAAGGAGCAUGGCGAGGGGAGAUGCCAGUGUCAUUGAACUGGGAAAGGUGUGAGCUGGAAGCAGGGAGCCCAGAACUGGGCUGCACUGCGCUUUACUUGGGGAUGUGCUUGUGACACCUUGAGCCUGCUCAGCAGCCUGGCUUUGGAAAACUGAGCCGUGGGAUGAGAAGGUCAGGGACUGAAAAUUCUGUAAGGAUGGCAGGAAGGGCUGGAAGGGAAGGAAGACACACACCCUGCUGAGCAAUGUGGGCUUGAGGGGGAAUUUUUGAGCCAUGGCGGGAAGAAGCCAGGCCCAAGGGAAGGUAUCCCGGUGGACUGCUGCAGUAAGGUGGCACCGUGGAAGGCCGGGAGCAGGAGGGGCUCCAGGACAGGGACACGGAGCAGGGUCCCAGCCAGGCACUCAGCCGGAACUGCGGCAGAGGCAGCGAGUUCAUGCCGGGAGCCUCCCCUGGCUGCCCAGCACCUCUCAUGCCACCAUUCCAGGGGUCUGGCACAGAGCAGCUCCCUGGCAAGCUCCAGGUAAAGCCAAGCCAGGUCUUGGGUGAAAAGCACAACACCAGAGUGGGAAUCCAGGACAACUUUCUUUAUUGCUACCAGAAGGCUUUCAUCAGUACAAUGGCUCUGGUUACAAUACCUUCCUCAGGGCUGUGGAGAGAGCUUACAGUCGGGACAGGGUGUUCUGAGAACAGGGUGUCACACGGAGGAGACGCGUUACAGGGCGGACUCUUGGUUAGAAGUUACAUGAACACAAAACUCAGGGGUUGGGGUGUUCUGUUUUGGUUCUGUGCCUGAUGAUGACACAUUCCAAACCUCAGGUGUCCACAGCUGCCCCGGCACCUCACCCAGCAGUGCUGGGGAGUGUGCAGGGAGAACCGGGCUCUGCACAAUUCAAGGGUUACGUCUGAUGGAGAGAACCAAGCCUUGGUGAGAAUCCACACUCAGUGCUACACAGCAA